CUGCACACUACCUGAUAAAAAAUUCUCUAACCUUUGAGCAAAGAAGGAAGAAGCAACCAUGAUCAGUACCAAGAAAUUUGCUCAGAUGACAAAGAAGUGGGAGAGGAUGGCUCAUCUCAGGAGGAAGCGGCUUAAUUUGGUGGCAGCAGACGAUGAGUGCUGCACAUCUGUGGCAUCGGAGGGCCACUGCAUCAUGUACUCUGCAGAUGGAAGGCUGUUCAAGGUCCCACUAGCAUACCUUGGCACGACCAUCUUUGCUGAGCUCCUGAGGAUGUCUCAGGAGGAGGAGUUUGGCUUCGGAAGCGAUGUAAGGAUCACUUUGCUUUGUGAUGCUGCAGAGACGGAGUAUGUCAUGUGCUUGAUCAGAAGAAAUGCAUCAGAAGAGGUCGAGAGGGCCUUCCUGAGCUCUGUAGUGAGUUCUUGCCACCAAGGAAAUGGCUUGGCUUCACCCAUGGAACUUAGUCAGCAAGUUGCUGUUUGUAGCUUCUGAAGAUAGACUGUCUGCUUAGUCUUUUGUGUACUUAGGCACGAUGUAAAUAUUUUCAUGUGGCAGAAAGUAAAUGGAACAAACAUGUUUCAGUCUUUUCCAUUAGUUUCUGAUGUCUGCUUUCCCUGGAUUAAGCGGUGGAGCUACUGAGCUCAACAUUUCAUUACAUGUC